UCUGCGCAGCUGUUGGGCCAAAACAAACCCGAAAGCGAUGGCCAGUAGCCUGUUGACGGCUAACAACUGAGCGGCACGUUCAGUUCUGACUUGUGUCUUACGCGGCGUAUACGCAACGAGCGGCAUCGGCUGCAGUACGGUUUGGAGGCAAGGCUAUAUAAGCAAGGGAUGCGCCCCGAAAGCCAACAGAUGGUCGCUGACUGUGCACGCGUGUGGUUAUCGGAGAUCAGUAAACACCCAAACUAAACGCUGAACAUUAAUGUAAUAAAAACUGUGCACACAAAAAAGAACGAAGAGGGGAAAAUACGUAAUAAUGAAAAUGCUGCCGCACAUUUAUUUAACAUUUUGAUGUGGCAAGCAGGAACACCGCCGAAAUUCUUUGGAUCGACAAAAAUUAUCUGCUACUGAAGGUAUGCUCCCAGCGAUGUGUGGAAAACGUUUUGUGUUUGCUUUUCCAACGAUUUCAACGAUCCAACGAUGUGCCGCCAUUAAAUUGUUGAAGGCGUGAAAAUUUCGCACAAGCCGUGAAGCGCUUCGUCGUAAAUGCAAACGCAAAACGAAAACGUCUGUAUUGCGGCAAAGUGGGCCGCGGAAAUUCGCUAAUAACCCGCCGGACGCGCAAUCGUCGUGUUUUUUUUUUUAUUAUGAUUAUUUUCUGGGGCCGCUUCGAUGAAUCCAAAAUGCAAUUCGCGGCGUUCGCACAGUGAGCGGUUCGGGCUUUGGCUUCGAAUGAAAGUAAUCGUAAGAAAAUAUUAGUGUGUUGGGUGUCUCUCGCGUUACCGUGAGGGGACGUUUACGGCUAUAAUGCAAACUGACGUGUACAAGGGGUGGGAAAACGACUACGAGUCUUCGGUCAGUGAAAAUGCGCAGGAAGUUGUGGGUCAUUCAAACGAAUCGAAUGGAAAAUCAGUGUCUACCGUGCAACCCGGGAAGAACGAGCGCCACAAAGUCGGCGAAUUACUGAAGGAUGUGUCUGGCUGGUGCACUCAGAUAUAAACCAAAAGCAAUUUGCUUAAUGGCCAUAUUAAUGGAUUCCGAAUAAUGAAACAUAAUCGAUAUUCGGUUAAUGGACUUUCGUGCGUGAAUUAAAGUAUUGAAAAGAAUAUGGAGACACUGAUUAAUGAAAAGAUUAAGUGAGCGAUUUUUUUGCAAGUUUUUCCUAGAGAAAGACGAAGCUCCUAUUUCAAUUUCUUAUAUCUUCUACCUUCAAUUGCUUCAGUUCAUCUUAAAGACUUAUGCUAUUAAGGAGCAACUGAAGGUGGGUUGGGUGGCAUAUUCAUUAGACUUCUGAGGCUAAUCUUCUUAGGCCGUCGAUUCAUCAAAACUUCGUAGUGCCAUGUGCCUUGGCUGCUCAGCUAUGCAUAAGUUCAGUCUCUGUACCAGCUGUGGAGCAGGGAACGACUGCGCCUGAGCAAUGCAAUCAGGGACAGGAGACCGAGACCGAGAUGCACCGAGUUGCUCCGAAAGUUAUGCAUACCAAUACAUGCAAAUGUGCAGCUCUGCUGUGCUCUGCUCGAAGAUGCCCCAAAGAACAACAAUUUUGUAGAAACUUCUCCGGGCCAUGGGGCCUGUGUUUGCUAUAAAUUCUUCAAGCACCGAGGAUUAGGUUGCUGCGAGCUCAGCAACUUUGUCCCGAAAGAAUUUUUGAAGCAUUUUAAUUAAGUUGAUUUGGGGGGCCAGAGCCAUCCAACUUGUCAGCCGUCAGCUGAACGGGCGGCAAGUGCAUCCACAUGGUCGCGUGGUAUAUAUCUUUCAUUUCUUUGGGCGUGGGCCACUUGAGGCAUCCACGUAUAUGCUAAAAAAUUCAACAAUUGCCUGGUCCCCUACGGAAACGUGUACAUUAGCAGAAAUUGCGUUUUUUUCUCUCAUUUUGAAUUCGAGCAGCGAAUAUAAAUCAGGAAAAUUCCCGCGAGUGCAUUCGGAAUUGCACACUAAAUGAAUAAAUGUUGGCGUCGCAGCCAUAAGUACAACAAAAAUUCACUCCUGUCACACCCAGAUACAAACAGCAAACAGGAGACAGCCAGAAGAAUACGCUCGGGGCACUGGCAGCGGGAGCGUUGGCAGGAAGAUGAUAAUCAGCAUGAAUCAGACAGAAUCGGUGCCCCUGGCUGCUGUGCAGACGCUAAGCGGAUACGCCAGUAGCAGCAACGGUGUCCGGUUUCUCGAUGACCACCAUCCCCUGGACUAUCUGGACGUGGGAGCGGUGGGAACCGCCUCGCAUGCUCUCACCAAUGGUACAAUCAAUGUCACCACAACAGAGUACAACGAGACGGGCAGAGGACCCCUGGACCCGGAGCUUGUCGAACGAUUCCUGAGCAAUCGGGCAGUGGACAGUCCUUGGUACCACAUGCUAAUUAGCAUGUACAGUGUCCUAAUCGUGUUCGGGGCUCUGGGCAAUACACUGGUGGUCAUUGCUGUCGUCCGAAAGCCAAUUAUGCGCACGGCCCGUAACCUCUUUAUACUCAAUCUGGCCAUCUCGGAUUUGCUUUUAUGCCUGGUCACCAUGCCGCUGACACUUGUGGAGAUCCUAACCAAGUACUGGCCCCUCGGCUCCUGUUCCAUCCUCUGCAAAAUUGUCGCCAUGCUUCAGGCACUUUGCAUAUUCGUUUCGACAAUAUCCAUAACUGCCAUCGCCUUUGAUCGAUAUCAGGUGAUUGUGUACCCCACCAGGGACAGUCUACAGUUUGUGGGAGCCGUCACAAUACUGGCCGGAAUCUGGCUGCUGGCCCUGCUGCUGGCCUCGCCGAUGUUCAUUUAUAAGGAGCUGCUCAGCGAGGAUACACCACUUCUGCUGCAGCAGAUUGGGCUGCAGGAACAAAUAAGGUUCUGUAUCGAGGACUGGCCGACCAGCAACGGCCGCUUCUACUACUCGAUCUUCUCGCUGUGCGUGCAGUACCUGGUGCCGAUCCUGAUCGUGUCGGUGGCCUACUUCGGCAUCUACAACAAGCUGAAGAAUCGCAUCACCGUCGUCACCGUGCAGGCCUCGUCACAGCGCAAGGUGGAGCGCGGCAGGCGCAUGAAGCGCACCAACUGCCUGCUUAUAAGCAUCGCCGUCAUCUUCGGUGUGUCGUGGCUGCCGCUGAACUUUUUCAACCUGUACGCGGACAUGCAGCGCUCGGGGUCGGGCCCCACCUCGAAUAUGCUCGUGAUAUACGCCAUUUGCCAUAUGAUUGGCAUGAGCUCGGCCUGCUCCAAUCCGCUGCUCUAUGGAUGGCUCAAUGAUAACUUCCGUAAAGAAUUUCAAGAAUUAAUAUGUCGUUGCACUGAAUCCACUAAUGUUGCUCUUAAUGGUCACACGACAGGCUGCAACGUGCAGGCGGCGGCGGCGCGACGGCGACGCAAGCACGGCGCCGACAUCUCCAAGGGCGAGCUGAAGCUGCUCGGCCAUAGCGGCGCCGCACUCUGCGGGGGUGCCAACGGUGGCGAUGGUGAUGCCACAGGUGGUGGUGUGAGCAUGGCUGCCACCGAUUUCAUGACCGGACAUCAGGAAUGUGGACUGCGGAGCGCCAUGACCGAGUCGGUGGCGCUCACCGAGAAUCCCAUGCCCACGGAGGUCACCAAGCUGAUGCCUCGCCCUGACAAGCUGAAUGUCGAAGUUGCAUGUGGCAGUUGCCGAGUGUUGUUGGAAUGCUGUGACGUUAUUGGUUUUAAGUAGCAAUCGAAUAUGACUCAACAGUUUAUGGACAUUUACAGUUUGGAACAAUACUAAAUUGCAUUUUGCAUAUAUGUACUUGUACUCCAUUUCCUCCUCCUUCCGACUUUGUGCAAUCCCAGGCCCCGAGGAGCAGCGAGAGCCGUGAGAAUCGUGUGAGUGAUGCGACGUACGACGAGUUGCUUCCCAGUUCGUUUUUAGAAUUUACAUGAAUACGAUAUAUUGUCCAGUGAUCCAAAGCCAAGCUGAGUUAAACUUAAGUUGAGACAGACAACGAGGAGAAACCACUACUGACCCAUGUAUAUGAUAUGUACAUAUAUACUAUAUAUUCCUAAAUCAUCACCUUCCGUAUCACGUUCAUUGACAAAAAGACUUAGUCUAGUGACUAUUUUGGUUGAUCAUUUCCAUAUCGAAUUCCGAAAAGUAAUUGAUUGAGCCCCCAACUGAAAUUCGGGAAUUUGAUAAGUCGAUAAUAAGUUCCCAUUAUACAUACAGUUCCUAAGAAGCGAUCUAUUGUGUUUAAACCUCAUAUUUUCGUUUCCCCUCAGAGACCUCGAUACCUUUUCGAAUAAGCUAGCCAUAAAUACAUAGCUCAUACAUAUAUUAGAUGUGCAGUGUGUCAUUUUCUAUAAAUAAGAACAUAUAAAAUUCACAAAUCCAAAUAGUUAUAAUUGACAACUGUAUAAUAUAAUAAUCUUAUCCGUAAGUUUAAAGUACAUAAUUGUCAGUUCUUACUACUAUAUAAACCGAUGUUUGCCGUCUGCUGGCAUUUCUCUAAUGCCACAAUGAAUUUUAAUAAAUGUUGUUUACAAAUC